AUGUCACAAGGUGCAAAACCUUUACAAAAGAAACUAUCUCAAGGUGAAAAGAAAUUAACAAGAGAGGAGAGACUUGCCACUACAAUCAGAGGAAAGUUGGAUAAAGCAACACAACGUAAACAACUAUUUGACAAGAUUGUUGGUAACUCGGUGUCAUCUGAUAACCGUGCAUUACUCAAAGCAUCGUCGGCCAUUGGUAAAAAAGAGACAAACAAAGAAUCGAUUGAACGUCAACAACUAGAGAUCAAACUAAAUGUCAAAGAUGUCGUUCCAAAAGACAAGUAUGCUCGUGACACUCCACUAGACAAAAAGAAAAUAACUAAAGCCGUCUCUGACAAUUGGGAUGAUUUCGAAGAUGAUGAUGAUUUCAAGCAUCUUCUCAACAAGUCAAACAAUGGUACUGGUGGAGGAUUCGUAAUGCCAAAAGAUAUUAUCAAUUCAAUUGCAGCCGAUAAAAAGGCAGCACAAAAAGAAGCAAAGGAAGAAAGAGAAUUACAAGGUGCAGCAGAAGGAGACCUACCAAAAAAGAGUCGUGGACCAAAAGCACCAAAGAAAGAAGCGAUCAUCAAGAAACAAGAAGCUACCAAGAAAAAGUAUUUCUUUUGGUCUAAAGAUCAACAAGAUAUGGAUUUCGAUGAAUACAAUGAUGAUGAAGAAGUUGGUAGAAAGAAAUCAAUCAAACAAUCGACAACAACAACAACAACAACUGGAGAUCAAAAUAUUAAAUUAGAAUUUGAAAAUUCAGAUAGUGAAGAUAGUGAAGAUGAAAAUACUAUUCAACUUAAAGGUAAUACUGGUGAUAUUAAAGAAAUUGAAAAGCAAAAAGAGUUGGAAAAAGAAAAGAAGAAUAAUAAUAAUAAUAAUAUUAAAGAAACAAAGAGAAAAUCAUCACCAGUUGAACAAAAAGAAGUGGAGGAAGAGAAACCAACAACUAUCACUACUUCAACUACAACUACACCAACAACAACUGAUAAAAAGGUUGUAAAGAAAUUAAAACAAAAUAAUAAUAAUAUUGUUGAAAAUAAUAAUAAUAAUAAUAAUAGUAAUGGUACAAUUUAUACAGUUAAUGAAACAGUCAAGACAAAAGAAGAAAUUAGAGAUAUUAAUUUAGAAGAUAAAUUGGAAGGUGAUCAAGACGAAGAUGAAAAAAUGGAGGAAUCAUUGGUUAAAGAUGAUCAAGUCGAUCGAUAUGCAUUGACAAUUGAUGAUUUUGGUAAAACUGAAGAGGAAAAUAGAGUUAUUAUGUUGUCUGAACAAUCUGGUUUAGAAAUACUUGAACAACGUAUAAAAGAAGAUUUAAGUAGAAAAGUUGAUAUUAAAUAUUCUGUAUUCCAUGUUCAAGUUAAUAGAACAGAAGAAGUUAAUCAAGUUAGAGAUAAUUUACCAAUUAUGAUGGAAGAACAUAAUAUAAUUGAAAAGGUUAAAGAUAAUGAUGUAGUGAUUAUAUGUGGUGAGACUGGUAGUGGAAAGACAACUCAAGUACCACAAUUCCUCUAUGAAAGUGGGUUUGGUCAUCAAGAGAGUGAAUAUUUCCCAGGGUUGGUUGGUGUGACACAACCUAGACGUGUGGCAGCUGUAUCAACAGCCAAACGUGUUGCCGAAGAAUUAAACGUCGAGUUUGGUAAAGAGGUCGGUUACCAAAUCCGUUACGACAAACAAAUCGAUGUUGAAACCAACAAGAUUAAAUUCAUGACUGAUGGUAUUUUACUGCGUGAAGUUCAAGGUGACUUUUUGCUGACUAAAUACAGUUGUAUCAUUAUUGAUGAAGCUCAUGAACGUAAUCUCAAUACUGAUAUUUUAAUUGGUUUACUUUCACGUAUUGCUCCAAUGCGUAAACGUAUAUUCCUUCAACAACAAGAAAGAAAGAAAAGAUUAGAACAACAACAACAAAAUGGAAAAAAGAAGAAAUCAAAGAAAUUGGAUUCAGAUAUGGAUCUGGAUGAGAUGAUAGUGGAUGAAAAUGGAAAUACAAUUGAAAUUAAACCAUUAAAGUUAAUUAUUAUGUCUGCUACAUUGAGAGUAGAAGAUUUUACAAAUAAUACAACUCUAUUCAACUCUCCACCACCAGUUAUUAAUAUACCAACACGUCAGUUCCCAGUAACCAUCCAUUUCAACAAAAAGACGGUACUUGAAGACUAUGUGGACGAAGCGCAUAAAAAAGUGGUCAAGAUUCACAAGCGGUUGCCUGAAGGUGGUGUAUUGGUGUUUGUAACCGGUCGUCAAGAAGUAGAACAUCUUUGUGCAAAACUGCGUCGUACAUUCCCAAUGACUCGUGUCAACAAAUCUUUUAAACAAGAAAUGGAUAAAUUAGAUGAACAAUUUAAAGAUGAAGAUUUAAAAGCUGGUCCCGAGGAAAAUGGUACUUCCGCCACUUCAAGUUCAACUGUUGGUAUGGCAUUUGGUGAUGUUGAUGAUGUUGAUACAACUCAUGAUGAUCAAACUGAAUUGGUUGAUCAAAAAAUCAACGAACAAGUAGAAAAUGAAAACCAUGAAAAUGGAAAAGAUGGAAAUCAAGAAGGAUCAGAAAGUAAACUAUUAAAAUUACUUCGAGGACAACAACAACAAAAGGAUGAUUUAGAGGAUAUGGAAAUAUUAUCAGAUGAUGAAUUUGAUGAUGAUGAUGAAGAUGAACAAAUGGAAAGAGAUAGUGAUGAAGAAGGAAUGGAUAGUGAUGAAGAAAGAGCAAUUGCAGAUAUAAAGAAAAAAGAAGAGAAACCUCAAAGACCAUUAUACGUAUUACCAUUAUACUCGAAUCUACCAACAUCAAGACAAAUGCGUGUAUUCCAAGAACCACCAAAAGGUAGUAGAUUGGUUGUGGUUGCAACCAAUAUUGCUGAAACUUCAUUGACCAUUCCAAAUAUCAAGUAUGUAGUGGACUGUGGACGUGUAAAGGGACGUUUCUAUAACAAGGAGAGUGGUGUGUCGAGUUUCGACGUGACAUGGACGAGCAAGGCUUCGGCUGAUCAACGUGCAGGUCGUGCUGGUCGUACCGGUCCAGGUCACUGCUACCGUAUCUACUCUAGUGCAGUGUAUGCCAACUAUUUCGAACAAUUCUCUAAGCCUGAAAUCUUGAUGGUACCAAUCGACUCGAUGGUACUACAAAUGAAGAGUAUGGGUAUUGAAAAUGUUGAAAAGUUCCCAUUCCCAACACCACCAGAGCAAGUCUCUCUCAAAACAGCGGUUCGUACAUUGGUCUAUCUCGGUGCUCUCGAGAAAGAAACCAAUCACGUUACAUCGAUUGGUGACCAAAUGUCCAAGUUCCCAGUAUCACCAAGAUUCGCUAGAAUGAUCAUGCUUGGUCAACAACAUGGUUGUCUACCAUUUGUUAUUGCCAUCGUCGCUAUUCUAACAGUCAAAAAUCCAUUCAUGGUUGCUGAUGAUGUUGAUGAUGAAGACGAAGAAAAUGGUGGUAGUAAUGGUGCAUCAAAACUACCAGAAUUAAUGUUAACAUUGGAACAACAAGAAGAAGAAGAAAGUAAAGUACAACAAAGACUACAAGAGGAAAAAGAAAAAGAAGAGAAAAAGAAAAAGACACAGAGAAUUCGAAAUAGUUAUCGUAAAUGGGUGCACAAGGAAAGUGACGUGUUGACAGUACUAAAGGUAGUAGGAGCAUAUGAUUUCCAAAUGAAAAAGAAUCGUCAUUUGGUAGAACAAUUUUGUCAAGAUCAAUUCCUAAAUUCCAAAUCAAUGACUGAAAUUUAUAAAUUGCGUAUGCAAUUAACUGAAAUCAUAAAUGGUAUUUUGGAUAGUAGUAGUAGUAAUGAUGACAGUGAUAGUGACAAUUCUAAAUUGUUUAUUGAUACAAGACAACCAUUACGUCCACCAACUUCAAAUCAAGAAUUAUAUUUGAAACAAGUUAUUACAGCUGGAUUGAUUGAUCAAAUUGCACGUGUCAAUCAAUCAAGUCUUGCAAGUGGUGAAAGUGGAAAGUUUAAUUUGGUUGAAUACACAUCUUGUAUUUCUCCACAACCAAUCUACCUACAUCCACUUUCCAACUUGGCCAAAUCAUCUCCAGAGUUUGUAGUAUGUGUCGAUAUUAUCGAAACCAAACGUCCCUACAUGAAGAUGGUAACAGAAAUCAAUCCAUGUUGGUUACCAAUCCUUGGUCGUGCCAUGUGUGCUGAAUUCAAACCACUCGAACAACCAACACCCAAAUACUCUGUCAAACGUGACAAGGUUAUUUGUUAUGUCAAACCAUCGUUUGGUCAUCACAGUUGGGAAAUGCCACUCCUCGCAAUAGAUCAUCCUAAUCUACCUGAAAGUUGUAAAUAUUUUGCAAAAGCUUUAUUAGAUGGUGUUGUAAUGUCAAAUCUUUUAUAUUUAGUUCCUUUUUUAAAUACAAGAUCAAAUAUAUUUAUAUUACCAAAUACACAAUCAAAGGUAUUCAAUUUAUUAACAAAAUUGAAAUCAAAAUCAAUUAAUAACAAGUUGGAUUUAAUUCGAGUUUGGAAAGAUGAACCAUCAUUUUUGUUAAAAGAAUAUUUACCUUGGAUUGAUGAUGCAGUUCAUCAAUUGGUUAAAUCAAUGUGGCCACCACUUGAUACAACUCCAGUUCCAAAAAUAUUAAAACAAUCAAUGCAAGAUGCCUCAAAAGAAGUUCCAAUUGAAUAUUUAAAUGAUAAUGAUGAUAAUUAUUUACAAUCUUAA